CGGGGUUUCUUUCCCAAAACGCCACACGUUUCGCAAUACCACAAAGUUCCGUUGUACGUUAACGCUUUAUCUGCCUGCCUGUUCUACGUCCCAACCCUGUUCUUUCGCUUGAUGUUACUACGGUCUAUUUCCCACCCCUGUCGUCAUGCCAGCUGUGCUGUCUUCAUUUACCUGGAAGGACAGCCAGCUCAAGCUAACUCAGGAGAGCUAUGAGAAGUGUACGACCGACCUUGAGUAUACGGCCUGGAUUGUGAACGAGCUCUGUCAGUGCCGCUUUGCUCCAGUCGCUAAGAUUCUACAUGAGAACAAGGCUGUCCAGCGUCUUUUUACCCCGCGCGAGUACUUCAUCCAGGGCGAGGCGACGACUGCUAAGCCGAAGUUCGAUACCCAGACUCGUGCGACAUCUCUUGCUGUUUACAUCUUUACUCCGACGCAAGACCAGAACCCCAAGUGCAAGCAAUGCAACAGUUUUCAGUCCCGUGGCCCUGCUUCCGACUGCCGUGUCCCUACCACUAAGCACGGUGCUGGAGCAUGCACCAAUUGCUAUUAUUCUGGGCAGAGCACCGCGUGCAGCCUUCGUAUUGCGGCAAAGCAGGAACAGGUCGAGGAGUCCGCCAAGAAAGAGAAGGAGAGGUUCGAGAUGUACACUUCGGACCAGCUUGACGAGCUCCCAGAGGAGCUGCUCGAGGAAUGGGCACAAAUGGUGAAGGAUGAGAUUAAAAACAAGCGGUCUGCUGGAGAUGUCCGAUUAAGAAGCGCCGGACGUAAGAAAGGAGGCUGGGGCAAUCGAGAGCAAGAGAAUUAGUUACCAUUGAUAAUUCUCGCAUAUAGGUCCAGAGUAAUGCAAUCCGAUCAGCCAAGCGAUCCCUUGACCACAA